AUGACAGAGGUUUUUAUUGCUGUGCAUGCAGGUGCAGGCUAUCAUUCCAGGGACCGGGAACCAGAAUACAAGAAAGCCUGUGCCGAAGCAUGCUCUGUGGCAUAUGGAGAAUUGGCAAAUGGUGCUUCAUCCCUGCAAGCAGUUACUGCUGCAAUUAUCUCCCUUGAGAACUGUCCUUUGACUAAUGCAGGCACUGGGUCGAGCCUGACAUUAGAGGGGGAGGUGGAAUGUGAUGCCAGCGUGAUGGAGGGAAAGUCACUGCUGUAUGGAGGGGCUGGUUGUGUUACAGGUGUGAAAAAUCCCAUUCUGGUGGCAAGAUCUUUGCUUGAUGAACAAAAGAAAGGAUGUCUCUCUCUUGGGAGGUUACCGCCAAGUAUGUUAGUUGGUCAGGGAGCAUGUAAAUGGGCAAAGGACAAUGGUGUGGAACUGGCUAAUGAGAAGCAGUUAAAAACAGAUUCCUCAUUGAAAACUUAUGAAACCCACAAAAGAAAACUAGAUCAACAUGAAGAAAGAAUGAAGAGGAAACGAACAAAAUGGCAGACUGGAACUUCACCCAAGAUCAAUAAUGAAGAAGAUAUAACUUGCACAAGUCAAGAUGUUCAGGAUACUGUAGGUGCUGUUGCCAUGGAUUCUGAAGGAAAUGUGUCUGCUGCUGUGUCAAGUGGGGGUAUUUCACUGAAACACUCAGGUAGACUGGGCCCUGCAGCCCUGUACGGUGCAGGAUGCUGGGCUCACAACUGGAAGUCUGACAAAAAGGCAGGUGUAGCCAUUGCAACAUCAGGAAGUGGUGAGCACCUAAUGCGGACUCUGUUUGCCCAGAAGUGUGCUGAAUGUGUACAGAACCAGGACAGUGGAAGUUUAGGAGUCAGCAUGGCCUUCAGGGAUCACUUCCUAGAGUCUGAGUAUCUGUCAGGAAUCACACAAAAGCAAGGCGGUGUACUUGCUCUGAGACUGGACAAGGAUGUAGAAUCUGCUACCAUGUUGGAAGUGAUUUGGGCCAUACAACUGAGAGUAUGUGUAUCGGAUAUUGGGGAGGCAAUACACAUAAACCAAAGGUGUUGGUAUCCAGACUUCCAGAGAACAGUGAGGCAGGACAAUCGUUCAAAAUGGAAGGAAAACUAUUUUCUGUUACAUGAUCAUACAAGUUCCUCAACAGUCUACUUAUAUGUUAAUAAAUGAUUGUCAAGAAAA